UCCACUAUUCUUUCAGAAGAUCACCAAACAGAAAGAACCCAAGAGCUUGAAAAUAGCCUAGAACUCUCUGCACUCUGUCUCUCCUCUCUCUCUCUCUCCCCUCUCUCUCAGAUGCUCUGCAACGUUUUCGAGCUGAUCGGAGCAACUUCGCCGCCACAACCCCAAAACGCCACAACUCAACCCUAACCCAACAAAUUUCGGGCCAAUUUUGGCGGAAAAUACAACAAUUUUGUGGCUGUGAUGUUGGAUAUUUCGGAAAAAUCUUCUUUGGAAGCCCUCCAACCCCUUAAAAAACACAAAACCCCAGACUUAUUAGAACGCAAGAACUCCUUCAACUCAAUCCAACCGUAUCUCUCUCUACAACACCCUCGCACAUGGCUCAUCCUCUCUGUUUUCUUGCUCCAAAUCUUCCUCCUCCUCAUGGCUCGCUCUCUCCCCAUCUCCGUCUCUCGCCGCCUCCACCACUUCCCUUCUCCCUCAACCUCCGCCGCCGCCGACAUUCAGUGUAAGUCAGGUAUGGUCUAUGUAUACCCACUCCCACCUGUUUUCAACACCGAAUUGUUACAAAAAUGCAAUGAAUUGAACCCAUGGGUGUCGAGAUGCGAUGCAUUUUCGAACGAUGGGUUUGGCCGGAAAGCCACUGAACUUGCUGGAAUCAUGCCGGAAAAUCUGACCCGCGCGUGGUUCUGGACGGACCAGUUUUCGUCGGAGAUUAUAUACCACAAUCGGAUUAUGAACUACCGGUGCAGAACCACCGAUCCAGAAUCGGCUACGGCGUUCUACAUACCCUUCUACGCUGGACUUGCAGUUGGGAAGUACUUGUGGAAGAAUUACAGCGCACAGGACCGUGAUCGGCACUGCCAGAUGAUGUUGGGGUGGGUCCAGAACCAGACGUACUGGAACAGAUCCAACGGCUGGGAUCACUUCAUCACGAUGGGUCGCAUCACUUGGGACUUCCGGCGCUCCAACGACGACGACUGGGGCUCCAGCUGCAUCUACUUGCCGUUGAUGAGAAACAUUACCCGCCUUCUGAUCGAGAGAAAUCAGUGGGACUACUUCGAUGUCGGUGUGCCCUACCCCACCGGAUUCCACCCCAGUACCCACUCCGACGUGAGUACGUGGCAGGACUUCGCCCGAACACGCUACCGGUCCACCCUCUUCUGCUUCGCCGGCGCGACACGUGGCUUUAUCAAGAACGAUUUUCGAGGACUGUUACUGAGCCAGUGCUACAAGGAGUCCGGGUCCGGGUCUUGUCGGGUGGUGGACUGUGGCGGGUCGAAGUGCUCCAACGGGUCGUCGGCGAUUCUGGAGACGUUUCUGAACUCGGACUUCUGUCUGCAGCCGAGAGGGGAUAGCUUCACCCGACGGUCCAUAUUCGACUGCAUGGUGGCCGGUUCGAUCCCGGUUUUCUUCUGGAAACGAACCGCUUACUAUCAGUACGAGUGGUUCUUGCCGAGCGAACCGGGGAGCUACUCGGUUUUCAUAGACCGGAAUGCGGUGAAGAAUGGUACGUCGAUAAGAGGGGAGCUUGAGAAAAUCAGCAGGGAAGAGGUGAGGAAGAUGAGAGACAAAGUGAUUGAAUAUAUACCCAAUAUUGUUUAUGCAAAGCAACCCAUUGAGGGAUUGGUGGGUGUAAGAGAUGCUUUUGAUAUUGCCAUUGAUGGUGUGUUGAGGAGGAUCAAGGAGCAGGAGGGAGGUUAUAAGUGGUAAAUAAUAUUAAUAGGAGCAAUGCUACGCAUCUCGAAUUCAUCUUAGUUAUCUUAGUUUGAAUGGCUCGAAUUUUUGUUCAUUAGUCGUUCAACCGGUCAUUUGACAAAAAGGCUAACAGCUAUGGUUGGCAAAGUGACAAACGUGACUGUCAGUCUUUUUGUCAGACGAUUGGUGAAUAAAAAUUCGAACCGUUCGAGUCAAAGUGAAUUCGAGACACUAAGGAUUACACUAUUAAUAGCUCUCUCUCUCACUCUCUGUCUAUAUAUAUAUAGAUUACUACUAAAUUUUGUGGUGUAUACAUGAUGAGGUAAUUACAUACUAUUUAUUUAUGAUGGGGGAGGAAUUGAGUCAGGGCUGUUGGGCAGGGGUGGCUUGAAAUGGUAAAGAAAGAAAGCGGUAAUGGUGUAGGGGAUUGGAUGAUUGAGAGAGGCUUUGAAUUUGAUGACCAGGUUAGGUGCUAUUGUUGUGUAUAUAAGGCGGCAAUUGAAUUUCAUUACAAAAUGCAAUAAAUAAAUAAUAGAUGAUAUAUUCCUUUUGUUUAUUUAUCUGUAUAGCAAUACACAUGUUUCAAAUUUCCGAACUUCGAUUGUUUUACUGAACGUGUUUCUGUUGUUAUCUUGCCAUAUAUCACAGCCAGAGGGUACAUACAGUUUUGAUGUAAUCUUAUUUUUUGUUCACCUAAUUCGCUGACUA